UGCAGACAGAACAACCAGCCCUCUCUACCCUAUCCCACAGUUGUCACCAAUCCCUCCAGGACCAUCUACCAUUUCUGCCUGAAGUUUGGCCGCAAGACUGAGACAAUCUGCAUAUUCCCCAGAAGACUCUCUCCUGGGAGACCCUAGGACCCACAGGCCUUCAAUUGCUCAUCCUCCACUGCGUCUCCUCCCCUCUGAGGAUGACGACCCUGCUGCUUAUCUCCUCGGUCAGCUGUCUCGUUGCUGUGAAUCAAGCCAGCCUCAUCAACCGAUGUGACUUGGCCAAGGUGCUGCACCAGGAGGACUUGGAUGGCUUUGAGGGCUACUCCCUGAGUGACUGGCUGUGCCUGGCUUUCAUGGAAAGUGAGUUCAACAUAACAAAGGUAAAUGAAAAUACAGAUGGCAGCUUUGACUAUGGCAUCUUCCAGAUCAACAGCCACUACUGGUGCAACGACUACAAGAGUCAUACGGAAAACAUUUGCCAAGUUGACUGUCAAGGUCUGGCCAGGGCCCCAGGGUGGGAGAGAACUGCUGAGCCCCAAUCUUCUUUCAAUCAUCAACUGUGCGAAAAAGAUUGUGUCCGGAACAGGGGGGAUGAAGAACUGGAACAGAACAACUUGAGCUAGCUGGGGGAGAUUUAUUCCGAGAGGACAAGGUGUCUUGCUGAGCCCACACGAGGGGGGCAUCUGGGCCUCAGGAAGAGGGUGGAAGCAGGGCUGGAAACUUUCCUUUGCAGGUUUCUGCUUCGCUUUGUGCAUUGGCUUCACUACUCCCUCUGAAGACCAGGUUUCUCUGCUCUACAGUCCACCAGACAGACUAUGUCUGCCCUGAAUCUACCGGCUAAUGUCCUAAGCAACCAUAGAGACUAGCUAGGCUCAGUCCCAGUCCAAGUGCCUGGCAGGGAGGAUCUGAUGGGCUCGGCUUGGACCCUGUGUCCCGGUUCCAUUCAUUCAGCUACAGGCAUGGAAGAAAUUAAGCAACAUAAACAUGGCUGCCACGGGCCCUCUCUCCAUAAUUGGCAGCAACGUUUUCUAUAAAAAGUGUUGCUGGGCUUCCCUGGUGGCGCAGUGGUUAAGAAUCUGCCUGCUAAUUCAGGGGACACGGGUUCGAACCCUGGUCCGGGAAGAUCCCACACGCCGCGGAGCAACAAAGCCCAUGUGCCACAACUGCUGAGCCCAUGUGCCUGGAGCCCACGCUCCGCAACAAGAGAAACCACCGCAAUAAGAAGCCCGCACACCGCAACGAAGAGUAGCCCCCGCUCACCGCAACUAGAGAAAACCCGCACGCAGCAACAAAAACCCAA